CAAACAUUAUACUUGUUAUUGAAGUUCCAGGAGACGUUGAUCCCCUAUCACUUACUUCUGGACCCGAACAUACUCACACUGAAUCUAUUGAUUGUGAGCUUCCUGAGGCAACUGACUUUCAAUAUAUACCACCAAUGCAGAUUGUAAUGCUUAUUGUUGGCACACGUGGAGAUGUUCAGCCAUUUAUUGCAAUUGGCAAGCGUUUACAGGACUAUGGCCAUCGUGUUAGAUUAGCAACUCACUCAAAUUUCAAAGAGUUUGUCUUGACAGCUGGAUUGGAGUUUUACCCUUUAGGUGGUGACCCAAAAGUUCUUGCUGGUUAUAUGGCUAAAAAUAAAGGUUUCUUGCCAUCAGGACCAUCUGAGAUACCUGUACAAAGAAAUCAAAUGAAGGAAAUUAUAUACUCUCUACUUCCAGCUUGUAAAGAACCUGAUAUGGAUUCUGGUAUUCCGUUUAAAGCAGAUGCAAUCAUUGCAAACCCCCCAGCCUAUGGGCAUACACAUGUGGCAGAAGCACUAAAAGUACCAAUUCAUAUAUUUUUCACAAUGCCCUGGACGCCAACUAGUGAAUUCCCACAUCCUUUGUCCCGUGUCAAGCAACAAGCUGGAUAUAGACUGUCCUAUCAAAUUGUGGACUCUUUGAUUUGGCUGGGAAUACGGGACAUGAUUAAUGAUGUUCGCAAAAAGAAGCUGAAACUUCGUCCUGUCACAUAUUAGGAUAAAAUGAUGGAGUUAAGGGGUCAACAUCCUCCAGAAGAACUGUCUGAUAAAGAGAUUAUGGAGCGUGUACUUGGACGUGAUUCAGUAUACUUGCGAGGGUGGGGGCGGUAUCCUAGUGUCACAACUUCUACUUCACAUCGUGAAAAUAUUGUGGGUAAUCAACCAACUUAUGAAGAGUUACUUGAACGACUUAAUGAUACAACUUCCCACCUUAAUGCUACUAACGAACAACUUAGUGUAGUUGUGGAUAUACUUCGUCAUAACAAUUUGAUGGCACCGCCUCCACCACCUCUAACAGACCAAGCUUCAGAUGCAAAUUUAAGAGAGUCGCCAUCUAUUUCAGUUCGGGAGUCACAAGAUGAUUCUUAGUUUAUUUACAUUAAUUUACUAAGGAAUGAACUUUAUGAAGUUUUUUUUUAUUUUGGUAGGGGUAAUCUUAAAAUGAUAACUUUAUGACUUAUUUUAGUAUUGAACAUUAUAAAGAAUUUUAGCAUUAAACA